GUGUGUGUGUGUUAGCAGCAUGAGAGGACUGGAGGCUCCGGGCAGCAGGAGGUGACUUCACCGAGGAGCACACGACAAACACACGCUUCUGCCGGAGCUCAGCUCGACGCCAUGGACUACUGGAGUGCCUUGGAGGUGUACAAGGAGAUGGUGCUGCUCUACCUGGAGGAGGGCCGGCGGCACGUCAACUCGCGCUGCGGCGACCUGGAGCCGUGGCAGAUCAUCGGCGUGACCGUCCUCACCACGCUGGGAGCCGUCUGGGUCAAAGGCUUCCUGUUCCAGCAAGAAAGUCUCGUGUCGCGAGUCAAGAAGAAGUGCUUUCGACUCAUCAGAAAAAUACCCUUCGUUGGCGGAGCGAUCCAGAGUCAGCUGAACAAGGCUCUGGACGACAUGUCCACCAGCCUGUGCACUUUGAAGAACGGGAUGAGCUACACGAAACAGUUGCCGUCCAAAGGCCUCUCUCAGAGCCAAGUGCUGGACAAAAUCAGAGAGUACGAGACUCUGAAUGAGGUGCCGUGGGAGAAAGGAUGUGUUUCGGGGGCAGUGUACUGGGGCGAUGAAACCCUGACCAAACUCCUGGUGAAGGUGUAUGGAGAUUUUGCAUGGAGCAAUCCACUUCACCCGGACAUAUUUCCAGGCGUAAGAAAGAUGGAGGCUGAGGUUGUCCGAAUGGCCUGCACCCUUUUCCAUGGCGGACCUGAGUCCUGUGGAACUGUCACCUCAGGGGGAACUGAGAGCAUCCUGAUGGCCUGCAAGGCGUACAGAGACAUGGCGUAUGAGCGAGGUGUCAAAUACCCUGAAAUCAUUGCACCUUUGAGCGUCCACGCGGCCUUCAACAAAGCAGCACAUUACUUUGGGAUGAAGCUGGUUCACGUUCCCCUCGACAAAAAAACAAUGAAAGUAGACGUGAAGGCCAUGAAGAGAGCCAUCAACAAGAACACGGCUAUGCUCGUGUGCUCAGCGCCGCAGUUUCCUCAUGGAAUCAUGGAUCCCGUUGAGGAAGUAGCCAAGCUGGCUGAACGCUACAACCUCCCGCUGCAUGUGGACGCGUGUCUCGGAGGUUUCCUCAUUGUCUUCAUGGCCAAGGCUGGUUUUCCUCUCGCCCCAUUCGACUUCAGGUUAAAGGGAGUUACCAGCAUCUCUGCAGACACCCACAAGUACGGCUACGCCCCUAAAGGUUCCUCAGUGAUCCUGUACAGCGAUAAAAAGUACCGUCAUUACCAGUACUUCGUAGCUCCGGACUGGCAGGGGGGAAUCUACGCCUCGCCCUCGAUAGCGGGCUCCAGGCCAGGAGGCAUCAUCGCCGCCUGCUGGGCGACCAUGAUGCACAUGGGAGAGGACGGAUACUUGGACGCCACCAAGAAAAUCAUCAGCACAGCUCGCAAAAUCACGACAGGAAUCGGGAAGAUAAAAGGCGUGUUUGUGUUUGGGGACCCAGAGGUGUCAGUGGUGGCGAUAGGCUCGGAUGUUUUCGAUAUCUUUCGUCUGUCUAACGCACUGACGACGAAGGGCUGGAACCUGAACACACUGCAGUACCCAUCCAGUAUCCACAUUUGUUGCACAGUUCUGCACACAAAGGGGGAGGUCGCAGAUAAGUUUAUUCGUGAUGUCAAGGAGCAGGUGGCCAUCAUCCUGAAGAACCCCAAAGAGAAAACCACAGGAAUGGGAGCGAUCUACGGCAUGGCACAGUCCAUCCCAGACAGAUCCAUGGUGACGGAGAUCUCCCAAGGCUUCCUCGACUGUCUCUACAGCACAGAGCAGCCCAAGACAAACACCAGCCACAUGAACGGCAACGGCAAAGCUCACUGAAACAGGAUCGGGCCCUGGAUGCCCGACUGCAUGCUCGCCUCUCCCCCAGAGCUCAGAGUUAAUCACUCAACAGUUGCCUUAUCUUGCACACCUACGACACAUGAAAACAUCUGCAAACAUCUGUGAAGCACAAGCCAUCUUCAUUUGGGGCAAAUCGUUGUAACACUGUGCGUUAACAGCACAGAGAAGUGACAGAUUCCAAACACGUUUUAGUCAUUUUUCUUGAUUGACUCACUGCCGUGGAAGUGUGUGAGUUGUUUUAUGUUUUUAAUACUCAUUUCAAUCGUAACUUUUGUUUAAUGCAUCUAUCUCUCACAAUCUACAGUGAUUUCAUCAUGAAACCAUUCAGUUUUUAUUACAAACUCCAGAACAUUUCAGCUCACCCUCCCCGCUUCAAAAAUCUGUGCUGACUCAGCAAAAACAGGGGCCACUGAAAGCUUGUUAGAAACGCUGUGCUGCCCUCUAGCGUGACAUCUGAUGCACUGCUCUAGACUGGCUCUGCAUGUGGAGGUAUGACUCAGGCUUUUGAUUAUCAUCAUCACAUUAUCUCAAUAGCAUUCAUAUGAGAAAAGCACUGCAAUACCCCGACAAGAACAUAUCAGGGGAAUGUGUGAAUCAGUUGAAUCGACAGGUUCAUUAGCACUUUGCAUUCAGACAUGGUUUAUGUUUUAAGUCCAGCCUCUGUGCGUGGAUUGAGACAGGGAGAAAGAUUUCAAUAGUUGGAGCUUUUAAUGUCAUUAUGCAAUAUUAAAAAAUAGAAAUAAUGAGAAAGUAAUAACCACAGCAGGAAAACAUCAGCCACUUAUUUUAUUAUUAAUUGUUCUCAGACUUCCUCACAGCAGUUGGCUUGUAAAAGAAAUUAAUGAAAGUUAAAAUGUUUUUUCAGACUGGAGUGAAGGCCAGGGUCCACUGUUUAUUAUCAAUUAGCAUUAGUAGUAAUCAGUAGUGUGCCUGUGUGCUACCUUGUUUUAAUCAUUUGUCUCCUAAUUCAAUCUACCUCAGUUUCUACUUAAUGCAAAUGAUUCAUCCACUGAAACACAUUCUAACAGGGUCACUGUUUUUUCCAUUAAUCUAACAGGAGCUUCAGAAUGUUCAGGCAUUUAAUAAAGUGUUCUUAAAUACACGGGUGCAUCUAAAAAAAUUAGAAUGUCGUGGAAAAGUUAAAGAAAAUUGUAUUAAGUGAAACUUUCAUAUGUUCUAGAUUUAUUAGGCACAUUUUUUGUGUUUUGAUUUCGAUGAUUAUGGUUUAAAACCUUGAAAAUCUAAUUAAGUACCUCAAAAUAUUCAAAUAUUUCUUAAGAUCAAUCAAAAAAGGGAUUUACAAUCCAGAAAUGUCCAACUUCUUUAAAGUAUGUUCAAUAAUACACAAUACUCAGUCAGAGAUUUCACGAUAUUCUAAUGUGAGAUGCACCUGUCCUCAUACUAAAAAGCAAACAGAUAUCCCCUGUGACGGAGGUCUCUGUAUGAAUGUGGAUAUAUACUGUGGUAAAAAUGUACACCUUCACUUACAGGCUAAUAACCUAACAAAGCAUACUGUCACACCAAAAGGAGCUUGUCUUUAUUUCAUGUGCUUUCCUAAUAUUGCUUGUUGAAAUUGUGUUUCCAUGAAAUUACUUCCAUGUUUGUGCAAUACGUAACUUUUCCUUUUUAUGAAUGAGUAACGAAGGGGAAUGCUCCACUAUUAAUGUUGAAGAGAUGCGUUAUAUCAGAAGCUUAGUGUUGAAUGGUGGCUCGUCAACCUUGUUGGUGUUAUUUAACCAUUUGUGUUUAUUAGACACUUAAUUUGUGAGUUGUUUUUUUUCCUUUGUGAACCUGUGUUUUUACUUACGGUUAUCAAACGGAUGAGACAUGAAUGUAUGUAGGUUAUUACAUGUGCAGGGAUUUUUUCCCCUCCAUCUUUUAGUCAUUUGCCUGGUUGUAAGACUGAUGACAGAAGACAGACCAUAACCCCCCCAAUAACGGUUGAAGCUCGUACUAUCCAUCCAUUCAUCCUUUAAUACUGCAGCCUGUGACAGGAUGUGGAAACUUAUGCCUGUGCAGAGAAGACAAGGGCUUUUCCAGCAAUGACUCAUCCUGUUUGCUUUGGAGACAAGUGUGAUGAUUGAAUGGCCAAGAAAUCUCUUUUAAAUAAAAACUUUUAAUGAAA